AAUAAUCCUGCCUCAUAUUCAAUGGAGCUUCGGUGUUAUCAUGGAAACAUAAGUAAGAAAACUGUUGAAAAUCUUCUGCUCCUCAAAGGAAAGAAUGGAAGCUAUUUACUGAGGGAUAGCGAAUCAGUGUGUGGAGCCUUGUGUCUUUGCGUCUUGUUUGGAAGAUUGAUCUAUACAUACAGAGUUUUCCAAAACAGUAAUGGGCUAUACAGGAUUGAGGCUGCACAAGGAGUUAAAGAAAAGUACUUUAAAAACCUGAAGGAUCUCAUAUCCACCUAUGAAAAUCCUGAUCAAGGACUGGUUCAUUCUCUUACUUUUCCUGUACACAAAGAACCAUGUGAGAUUAACUUCCAGAUGAAAGGUUCCUUAAAAUGUAGGCUUGAACCAGAGGACACAUAUGCAGUGGUAGACCUAUUAACUGUAGCCCUUUUAGUGUAG